AUGCUGGCGCUGCGCUGGGGGCUGCGCGCUGCGAGCGGAGGGUUCCGACCGCGGAACGAGCUGCUCGCCAUGGCGAAGAGGCCGAGCGGGGCCGGCGAGGGACCGGAGGAGAACGGGCAGCAGGGCAAGAGACUGAAGGGAACCGCAGAUGAAGGGGAUGCGGAGGAGCAGAGUAAAAGGACGCCCAAAAGGAAGAUUGUGUUGUUGAUGGCGUACUCGGGGAAAGGCUACCACGGCAUGCAGAGAAAUCUGGGCUCUUCGCAGUUCAAGACCAUCGAAGAUGAUUUGGUGUCUGCCCUCGUGCAGUCCGGCUGCAUCCCAGAAAACCAUGGCGAAGACAUGAAGAAGAUGUCGUUCCAGCGCUGUGCUCGGACAGAUAAGGGUGUGUCUGCAGCUGGACAGAUUGUGUCGCUAAAGGUCAGGCUAAUAGAUGACAUCUUAGAAAAGAUCAAUAACCAUCUUCCUUCUCAUAUCAGAAUUCUGGGGCUGAAGAGAGUCACUGGGGGAUUCAACUCCAAGAACAAAUGCGAUGCCAGAACCUACGCCUACAUGCUGCCGACGUUUGCCUUUGCCCAUAAAGACCACGAUGUGCAGGAAGAGGCGUAUCGACUCAGCAGAGAGACCCUUGAAAAGGUCAACAGCCUGCUUGCUUGCUAUAAAGGAACACACAACUUCCACAACUUCACUUCUCAGAAGGGACCCAAGGACCCCAGCGCCAGGAGAUACAUCAUGGAGAUGUACUGCGGGGAGCCCUUCGUGCGGGACAACAUAGAAUUCGCAGUGAUCAAAGUGAAAGGGCAGAGCUUCAUGAUGCACCAGAUAAGGAAAAUGAUCGGACUGGUGAUAGCUAUUGUGAAAGGUUAUGCUCCUGAGUCUGUUAUAGAGCGCAGCUGGGGAGAGGAGAAAGUGGAUGUGCCCAAAGCUCCGGGGCUUGGCCUGGUCUUGGAAAGAGUGCACUUUGAGAAAUACAACAGACGAUUUGGGAAUGAUGGGCUGCACGAGCCGCUGGAGUGGACGGAGGAGGAGGAGAAGAUUGCUGUUUUCAAAGAGCAGUAUAUCUAUCCUACCAUUAUUAACACAGAAAGGGAGGAGAAGUCCAUGAUGAGCUGGCUGAGCACCCUCUCCAUUCAUGACUUCAACUCUUCUGCUGCUGAGAUGGAAGCCAACAAGAAAAAUUCAAAGAGCAGCGAUGUUGAAGGCAGUGAUGGUUGUGGUGGUGAUUCUGACUGAGUCAAUGCGUGGUUGCACCUGGUACCCAUACAGCUCACAGCUCUCUGUCUGCAGAAAAGUGGCCUUCCUCAUCUGAGAAUCCAGUGAAGCAGGGGAUUGCGUACUGCAGAACAAGAAGUUGAUGGAGAAAAUGAGCGGGGCAAAAAAAAAAUCAACCAAAAAACAGAACAGCAGGAAGAAGAUGAGGGGCUGUGCCACUGACUGAUCCACCUGACUGGGAUACUUGAAAAUAGCCUGAUGAGAAAGCAGCUUUCUAAAGGAUUCUUGUGACGCAAGGUGUCUUAAUUGCUAUUUGAAUCAUGUUUUUAUUACGCGUUUACCUGGAAAUAGUAUUUUAAAUCUGUGUAAUCUCUACGUGAAGAUGAGACAAAGCAUUUUAAUACACUUUUUUGGGAUUAUUUUUAUGAAGUUAUGACUCCAUGAACUUUUCUUUCCAUUUUCUUCACCUUUAAUUAGUCUAGUCUCUACUCAUCCUGUUAAGCUUUUAUUUUUUGUCACUCAUGGCUUUCUUGUGAAAUAAUAUGCAUGGGACAGAAAUUCAUUAUCAUGCUAACUGCUACAAAUUUUUGCUAUUGAAUCAACCUUUUUGUUUUCUCAAGGUUUGCAGGUCUAAAAGAAGCGAUUCCUUGCUCAGUGAGAGAUCUUAAUUUUGUAACAAGGCUUGAACCGUGUACUUUAAGACAGUGCUUUUUAUUUGAAAGGUGUCAUCCUCCUGUUGCUGACCUCAUGCCUGGGCAGGGUCUAGAAUGUAGAUCCACAGCUACCUAAUGCAGCUGGGCAUCCACUGCCUGAGGUGUUGAGAUGUAAGGAGAAACAUGUUUGUUAAUUGCCAGGAUUGCAAUUCAAAGUGCGCCACCGUGACAGUUUCUGUGUUUCCUGGGGUGAUUUUGCUAGAUGUGGUGGUGCUGGUUGUAGUAUUUCUGCUUUAAAAGGAAACUAACCAUCUGCUGCUGAGAUGGGUUUGGGGUUGAAUCAGCUUUGCAUGUAUGAAUGGUGCUGACUUGGGCUUAAUCAAGCCUGCGUUUGAUUUGUAUGUGUGAAUUCUUAAUUUCUGUCAAGCUGCUAAGGAUAGAGGAGGAUGUGCAGUGGUAUGGGGAGCACAUGCCUAAGGGCUUUCUUUGGGAAUCAGUUUUUAUUUUUUGUGUUUUGGGAAUCUCUAUACUCCGGAAAUCUUCCUCUCCUUUCCCCAGCUGCAGUUUGAGUCCUGUUUCUUGCUGCCAGCUCUCUCUGAAGGUGAUGGAAGGAAAAGAAAAAAGCAAAAAUAAACACACACACACACACACAAAAAGAAAACAGUGAGUAAAGGCAGUAGCUCUCCUGCCCUCCAUAACAGUAGGACCCUUUGGAAAGGGGUGGAACCAGGCUCUGAGUGUUGGGAGUUGAGUAUAUGUGCUCAGCAAUCUUCCCUGGCUGGGUUUGUGUGGCAGCUUCUUCGUGCUCUGAAAGCUCACGUGGGACAAAUCCAGGGCUGCAAGGGCUGUGGUCUUUGGUUUGAUUCCACCUUGGACACAGACUGGAUGUGCAUGAGGAGGAGCAUCAGAACUCACGGUCCGUACUGAACGUGGAGUUACUUUUUAGAGAUGGCUCUGUGCUCCUCCACGCAGUGCUUACUGAUGUUACAGUUCCUUGUUGUUCUGGGCCAGAGCUGCCCUCGGCAAGGAUUGCCUUGUUUCACGUGGGUUUUUUUAGAGCUUUUUAUCCUUACGAAGGCCUUUCUCUGUUUUAUCAUGGCAAACUGAGUGUUCUGAGGGACUGUGCCCAGGUUUUCUGUUACAUCCUUUGCUAACUCAUCCUGUGGACAUAGCCUGUAUUAAAUCUUUUAUCCAGAGCUUUUUGUCUCCUUCAAUCUAAGACAAAUACCUUUUUUUUCUUAUAACGAAGGCACCAAAACGGACACAAGUCAAAAUCAUCAGGAAUUUGUUUAUUGUCUCUGGAGAAAAUAAAGAAAGGUUAUUUCUUAA